AUAUAUAUUCAAAAUCGAACAAAGAAAGAUUGAUAGAGAAGAAUCCAGAAAGAAGAGAUAUUCAUAGUUUUGAUUCGUUGAUUGGAAAUUAUAAAGAAGGUAAUGGCUUUGAUGAGUUUGAAGGACACUUUCUACAUAUCACAUGGAUCACCAACGUUGGCCAUUGACGAUUCGAUUGAGAUAAGGCAGGUUCUCAAAUCAUGGAAGCGGAUUUUCCCUCAGAAACCUUCUGCCAUUCUUGUUAUCUCCGGUCAUUGGGACACAGCAGUUCCCUCCGUCAACGUUGUUCAGAGAAACGAAACCAUUUAUGACUUUUAUGGCUUCCCUAAACCCAUGUACCAGCUUAAGUAUCCAGCACCUGGGGCUCCAGAGUUGGCAAGGAGGGUGAAGGAACUACUUCAAAAAUCUGGUUUUGGCCGUGUCGACGAAGACAGAAGGAGAGGGCUUGAUCACGGUGCUUGGGUUCCACUCAUGUUGAUGUACCCCGAAGCUGAUAUCCCGGUAUGUCAAUUGUCUGUUCAAUCUGAUAAGGAUGGGACUCAUCACUAUAACAUGGGAAAGGCAUUGACACCUCUUAAAGAUGAAGGUGUGCUUAUAAUUGGUUCUGGAAGUGCUGUUCACAAUCUGAGAGAGCUUAGAGUUCAUUCCGGCAACACUGCUGUUCCCUGGGCUCUGGAAUUCGAUAAUUGGUUGAAAAGGGCUCUUCUUGAAGGAAGAUAUGAGGAUGUAAACAAUUGGGAUAAGAAAGCACCGCACGCGAAGAAGGCUCAUCCAUGGCCAGAUCACUUUUAUCCACUUCAUGUUGCCAUUGGUGCAGCUGGUGGAAAUCCAAAGGCCAAAGUUAUCCACAGCAAUAUCGAAUUAGGAUCUCUCUCCUAUGCCUCUUUCCAGUUUACUGAAGUUUCCGACUCGUGUUCUGCUUAAUACUUUGUAAAUGCUGUUCAGUUGUUGAUAAUAUAGUGAGAAAAAUUGAUGUAUAACGAACUGUUUUAAUAAAAGAUAUUUAAUGAUUUCCCUUUUUGAA